CUAGCUGACGAACGACAUUCGCCGUCGCGCUCGCACCAGUGGCACGUAAAAUAACCUCAAAAUAUUUGAACACUAACCAUACAGAGUAUUAUCAUAAUUUUCUGUUCAUCAGUGACAUUCGUGAAUUAUAAAAACAGUAGAGUUGCUUGCGUUGCUUAAUUCAUUGCAUUAGAUUCGACAUAAAGUGUUACAUACGUGUGAAUCUGUCAAAAACGAAAGUUAAGGACAAAUGUUCGUUUUGGUGGGCUGUCAACGGGCAGCCCCCAAAUAUUGUGCCAUUAUGUGGUGGUAUAUAUUUUUCUGUGUAGUUUUUACUAAAACAAUUGAAGUGCUUGGUACAAAUGCAACCGGAUCAAUGCAAGUCGGCAAUGUAUGUUCCCAAAAGCAGUUCCAGUGUGCGAACGGGAAGUGUAUACCAAUAGCUUGGGUGUGCGAGGGAGACGACGACUGCGGCGACAAAUCAGAUGAAAAUAUAGAAGAAUGUAAGAAAGAGAGUCGAACUUGCACAUCGUCUGAGUUCAGAUGCAAAACUGGCCGCUGCGUGCCGAUGUCGUGGCGCUGCGACAACGAGAAGGAUUGUUCAGAUGGAUCGGACGAAGAACCUGGAACUUGCACGUCGCAGCGUAGUUGUACUGGUCACAAUUUUGUUUGUGCAACCGGGCAUUGCAUACCCGGGGCCUGGCGUUGCGAUGACACCCCGGAUUGCCCUGAUGGCUCUGAUGAGCAUCAUUGUGAUGAAACUUGCCGGUCCGAUGAGUUUACAUGUGGAAAUGGUAAAUGUAUACAACAAAGAUGGGUUUGUGAUGGUGAUGACGACUGUGGUGAUGGAAGCGAUGAGGUCAAGUGUCCAGCACCGACCUGCCAACCCCACAGCCACUUCUCCUGUGCUGACGGACAUUGUGUCACAGCUAGAUGGCGCUGCGACGGCGACAUUGAUUGCCCUGAUGGUAGUGAUGAAAUGGGCUGCGCGACAACACCUAAAAUAACAUCCCCGUGUAUAGCGACUGAGUUUGAAUGUCGUGACCGCAUCACAUGUGUUCACCGAGCUUGGGUCUGCGAUGGUGAUAAGGAUUGUGCUGACGGCGGUGAUGAAGCUCCUGAGCUUUGCCGCGGGAACGUCACUUGCAGACUAGAUCAGUUCACAUGCAAAGACCACAGCUGCAUACCAGGAGCACUGUACUGCAACGGAGAUAAAGACUGCCCGGAUGGUAGCGACGAAGUUAACUGCACUAAACCAAAACACGUGUGCGACAAAAAGACAGAAUUCGAUUGUGGCGGCGGUAUGUGCAUACCCUUAUCUAAGGUCUGCGACAAACGACCGGACUGUCCCAACUUCGAAGACGAACCUCGUGAUAGAUGUGGGGAAGAUGAAUGUGCCGUAAACAAUGGAGGCUGUACACAAAAGUGUGUGGACACCCCAGUGGGGUACUACUGCGACUGUGAGAAAGGAUACAAACUGUCUGAUAACAGGACUUGCGAAGACAUCGACGAAUGUCUGGAUCCGGGAGCGUGUUCCCAAAUAUGCACCAACGAGAAAGGCACCUUCAAAUGCGAGUGUCACCCCGGCUACGCGAGGGACCCUCGUGACAGGACCCGCUGUAAGGCCACCGAGGGUCAUCCGUCACUGUUGUUCGCGAGACGCUUCGACAUCAGGAAGAUCAGCUUGGACCAUCAUGAGAUGGUCGCCAUAGUGAACGACACCAAGUCAGCCACAGCCCUCGACUACGUUUUCAGAACCGGAAUGAUCUUCUGGAGUGACGUCAUCGAUGAGAAAAUUUACAAGGCCCCAAUAGACGAAGGUAGCCAACGCACGGUGGUGAUAGGAGAUCAGCUGAUCACAUCCGAUGGUCUCGCUGUCGACUGGAUCUACAACCACCUGUAUUGGACAGAUACUGGCAAGAACCACAUCGAGCUGGCCGACCUUCAAGGAAACAUGAGGAAGAUACUCAUCAGAGACAAGCUCGAAGAACCGAGAGCCAUAGCUCUAAACCCCCUGGAUGGAUGGAUGUAUUGGACCGACUGGGGCCAGGUUCCCAAGAUCGAACGCGCUGGUAUGGACGGAUCCCAUAGACAGACCAUCGUCUCCUAUGACGUCAAAUGGCCCAACGGUCUGACUCUCGACCUCGUCCGGAAACGCGUAUACUGGGUGGAUGCGAAGGUGAACACAAUAUCGUCAUGCAACUACGACGGCUCGGGUCGGCGCGUGGUGUUGUACUCCAGCGAGGUGCUCCGCCACCCCUUCAGCAUCACCACCUUCGAGGACUGGGUCUACUGGACCGACUGGGACAAGACCGCCGUCUACCGCGCCAACAAGUUCAAUGGAAAAGAUAUUGAAGCUAUCACUUCAACUCAUACGCUUCAAAACCCGAUGGUGAUCCACGUGUACCAUCCGUACCGUCAGCCGGAUGGUGUCAACUACUGCGCCGCUGUCAACGGUCACUGUUCUCACCUCUGUCUCCCAGCCCCAAAGAUCGGUUCCAAUUCACCGCGAGUCUCCUGCGCCUGCCCCAACGGCCUCCGACUCCUUCCCGACAACCAGAUGUGCGUCGAGGACAAUUCAGUAAGACCUGAUGUGGAGGUGCAUAAACCAAGUAAUGAUUCAAAGAAACUUAAUAUAGUUGAGGAAAAUUCUAAGCCAAGUGUGCCUGAAACUCCUAAAGUAGGUUCUGGAAUCUCAAACGGCGGCCGCGACGCGAGCGUGGUGGCCGGCAUCGUUGUAUCUGUAAUCUCAGGAAUUAUUAUACUCGCUGCUUUGAUCGCGGUUGUAAUGUACCGGCAUUACGUCCAUCGUAAUGUCACAUCAAUGAAUUUCGACAAUCCGGUCUACCGCAAAACGACUGAGAAUCAAUUCUCAUUGGAACAAAAUGGCUACGCACCGGGCGGCAAAUUGUACCCCAGCACCGUCGGCGAAGAGGUGAGGGCGCUAGUUGCUAUGGAAUGUACUCUCAACAUACAGAACAGUCUCAGAUAAUCUGUUAUAAACUGUAGUUUAAGCUCAACUUUGUUUAAUCUACGCUCGAUAAACAAUAUUUUAACAAUUUUACAUUAUACAACCCCCUCCUUGAAAUCUAUGCCGUUAAUGUAAAUAGUAAAAAAAAAAAAAAUAUUUAUGUAGUCGAAAAUGGAUAUAAGCCAUAAGGUCUGCCUAAGACGUUUUAAAUUUGAUGUAUCUAGUCUAAAUAUACUUACUAGGAAUUAUUUAAGGAAUUUAUAGAUGAUAUUUUUUCCGUUAGUUUAAGAUAUGGCUAUAAAUUGUGCCAACAUUUUUACCACAUCAGUAUUAAAAAUAGUUGCCAAAAUAUGGUAUAAAUGGUAGGUGUCGUGUAAAUAGUAUAGCGAAUGCUCCAUUAUUUCUGGAGAAUUUAUGUAAAAUUAGACGAAAUUUUGUUGUUUUACUGCUGAGAUAUUUAUUUUUCAUGCGUUAACAUACGAGGGCUUUAAAAAUAUUGGUAAGUGUUAUCAAUUAGCAACCGUAAUUCAUUCUAUGUAGAUGACAUUAUCUUAGAUAAACGAAUUAUCAUCAUCAAUCUUUAUAAAAUAUUUAU